CUCCCUCCUUCUGGCCAUCUCUGCGGAGGCUGCAUUCUUCCCGCCCCAAGUUCCGGUGCUGUCCCAGCCGGAGCGCUUCGCGAACACCCACGCGUGGCUCGCGGCAGCCCUCCAGCCAACACUUCCGAGCGUCGGUGUGCGAGCACCUGCGGCUUUUCCUUGGCGCGGGGCCGCGGAGGGCGGGGGCGGAGGCGGUUUCAGGCCUUUAGGCCGCGUAGAGCCGGGCGCUGGGGAGGUGUGCUCACUGCUCGCCAUCCCGGGAGCGCGCGGGCGCGGCCCUCUCGGGACCUCAGCGGCGACCCGUAGUUCGGGCACGCGCCUGUCGCAGCCCGCUGGAAGGAGGGGUCCCGCCUGAGGCCCGGGACGGCUGCGGCCAUGGAUAUCCCCUCGGCCCAAGGCCGGUGACUGGGGUCUCAGGGGCGGCCCUGUCCGCCUUCCUCCGCGACGGGCCGGCUCGCAGACGUGCCCCCGGCUGCACUCGGCCACCUCCGCGUCUCCGCCCUCCCUGGGUCGCGCUGCUGCUUGGGCGCGGCGGCUGCGCCCUGUUGAAUGGGCUGUGAGGGCCCGGGUCUGAAGUGCUGGCGGACGCGGCCUCCGGGGGCGCAAGGCAGCAGCAGCGGUGGCGACCAAACGGGUGUUGGAGUUGGCGGCGGCCAUGGAGGGCCUGGCUGGCUAUGUGUACAAGGCGGCCAGCGAGGGCAAGGUGCUCACUUUGGCUGCCUUGCUCCUUAACCGGUCCGAAAGCGAUAUCCGCUAUCUACUGGGCUAUGUCAGUCAGCAGGGAGGACAGCGCUCCACGCCCCUCAUCAUCGCAGCCCGCAAUGGGCACGCCAAGGUGGUGCGUUUGCUGUUAGAACACUAUCGUGUGCAGACCCAGCAGACUGGCACCGUCCGCUUCGACGGGUAUGUCAUUGAUGGAGCCACUGCACUUUGGUGUGCUGCAGGAGCUGGACACUUUGAAGUCGUUAAACUUCUUGUCAGCCAUGGAGCCAACGUGAACCAUACCACAGUAACUAACUCGACUCCCCUACGGGCAGCAUGCUUUGAUGGUAGACUGGACAUUGUGAAAUAUUUGGUGGAAAAUAAUGCUAACAUCAGCAUUGCCAACAAGUAUGACAACACCUGCCUGAUGAUUGCCGCAUAUAAGGGGCACACUGAUGUGGUCAGGUACCUCUUAGAACAGCGUGCUGACCCUAAUGCUAAAGCACACUGUGGAGCCACAGCCUUGCACUUUGCAGCUGAAGCUGGGCACAUCGACAUCGUCAAAGAGCUGAUAAAAUGGCGAGCCGCCAUAGUGGUGAAUGGCCAUGGGAUGACACCAUUGAAGGUAGCUGCCGAGAGCUGUAAGGCUGAUGUUGUUGAAUUGUUGCUCUCUCAUGCCGAUUGUGAUCGCAGAAGUCGGAUUGAAGCCUUGGAACUCUUGGGUGCCUCCUUUGCAAAUGACCGUGAGAACUAUGACAUCAUGAAGACAUACCACUAUUUAUAUUUGGCCAUGUUGGAGAGGUUUCAAGAUGGUGAUAAUGUUCUUGAAAAGGAGGUCCUCCCGCCCAUCCAUGCUUACGGGAACAGAACUGAAUGUAGAAAUCCUCGGGAACUGGAGUCCAUUCGGCAGGACAGAGAUGCACUUCACAUGGAGGGCCUCAUAGUUCGAGAACGGAUUUUAGGUGCUGACAAUAUUGAUGUUUCCCACCCCAUCAUUUACAGAGGGGCUGUUUAUGCAGAUAACAUGGAAUUUGAACAGUGUAUCAAGCUGUGGCUUCACGCUCUGCACCUCAGGCAGAAAGGUAAUAGGAAUACCCACAAGGAUCUUCUGCGCUUUGCUCAAGUUUUCUCGCAGAUGAUACACUUGAAUGAAACUGUGAAGGCCCCUGACAUAGAGUGCGUUUUGAGAUGCAGUGUCUUAGAAAUAGAGCAGAGUAUGAACAGAGUGAAGAAUAUCUCAGAUGCUGACGUCCACAAUGCCAUGGACAACUAUGAAUGCAAUCUCUACACCUUUCUGUAUUUGGUGUGCAUCUCCACCAAAACACAGUGCAGUGAAGAAGAUCAGUGUAAAAUUAACAAGCAGAUCUACAACCUGAUUCAUCUUGACCCUAGAACUCGGGAAGGCUUCACCUUGCUUCAUCUUGCUGUCAACUCUAAUACCCCAGUUGACGAUUUCCACACCAAUGAUGUCUGCAGCUUUCCAAAUGCACUUGUCACAAAGCUCCUGCUGGACUGUGGUGCCGAGGUGAAUGCUGUGGACAAUGAGGGGAAUAGCGCUCUGCACAUUAUUGUUCAGUAUAACAGGCCCAUCAGUGAUUUCCUGACCUUGCACUCCAUCAUCAUCAGCCUCGUGGAAGCUGGCGCUCACACUGAUAUGACCAACAAGCAGAAUAAGACUCCUCUAGACAAAAGUACAGCGGGGGUAUCUGAAAUACUACUUAAAACUCAAAUGAAGAUGAGUCUCAAGUGCCUGGCUGCCCGAGCAGUUCGGGCUAAUGACAUUAACUACCAAGACCAGAUCCCCAGAACUCUUGAAGAGUUUGUUGGAUUUCACUAAGUGACUGGAUAUGUAAAAUUGUUUAAUGUGGUGCUAAAAAGUAAAGGACUUUAAUCACAGACAAUAGAAUUAUGUGUUCAUAAAUUCUACUUUUCUUUCCACUGUCCUUUCAACCCAUGCUUCCUUAGUUCUGUUUUGGUCUUCUUGCCUCAGAUGGGAAUUGAUUUCAGCACACUAAACAAAGUGACAUUGUUUAGUUGUUAACAACUGUAAGGUGUUUGGACAUUAGUUGUUUCUUUUCUUUUUCUUUUUUUUUUUUUUUAGGGACGAAUGUAAGGUAUUGUGUAAUGGGGGCAUUUGUGAUUUAAAGUUGAUGAUGUUUUAAGCAGCUGCCUAUAAAAGUAUUUCUGUUAUGCUGAUACCAGCAUGUUACCCAUGCAGCAGUUUCAAGGAUUUCAUGAAGAAGAAACUAAAGCAGAACCUUAAAAGUCAUGGGAGAUGCAGGUGCUUUGCCAAGUUGCUGUGGGUGGUUCUCACUCCCAUGCAUUUGGAGUGUACAGUUCCAUUUUAAUAUCAGGAGGACUUGAAACACUUCACUGCUGAUUAGUAAUUUGAAAAAAGAUGUGCACACGUUUAUAAAGCUAAAUCCAUCGGAAUUGCUGCAUUAUUCUGGAUAGUGUCUUCUAAGUGGUAGUCUUAAACCAACCUUUCAGAGUAUUGCUAGACUCCGCCUUUAGGCUUGAAUUCUUCCAAAGUCUCUUUUAAUGAUGUAUCUAAAUUGCAGUUAUCUGCAUUUGAUUUGGUUCUCAGACCAAAUAAUGCUGUGUUUUCUUAAGAAAUAAGUUGUCACAGUAUAGCUAUACAGUUGAUUUCUGUCCCCUUGUAGCCCUUUCUUCUUGUGUUGUAGGUUUUAAAAAUUGAAGACUACUUUUCCAAAGGGCAUGUCUUUCUCCUUAGUUAGAUGUAAGAUGAAAAGGAACAAGGACAUUUUUAAUGUGUUUUUACUUAGUCCAUUGUAAGGCAUAGGAAAACCAGGAAUAUGGCAUAGGAAAUUAAGUAUUUGAUGAGGAAAGUGAUUCUCAAUGCCACAUGAAAGGUAUUUCUCACAGCUGCAAGUUUUCUACUACAGAGUGUGGUACACAGGUCUUUAAUCUUUUGCUUUCUUUUAACAGCACCAUUUCAACUAUCAUACCGAAAGUGUGUUCUGUGAUUAUCGCUUUAGCAGUCCAGAAUCAAGUAAAAGGAACACACCUGUUUCUACUGAUGCUGGAAAAGAUGGAAAGUAAAAUUAGUUGCACCUGUCAUUUUUCUCUAGUGCCAAAUGAAUGCCUUAGCCACCCUUAGUGCAUGGUACUGUAAGUGAAGACCUGCAGCUGCUUUUUUUCCUUUAGUGAAAAGCAUUAUAGCAAUGCAACGUCAGAUACAAACUUUAAACAACCUGUAAAAUCUCAAUGAACAUUUUACACAUGAAUAUUGCUUUGUAAAAUACACGAGAAAGGUUGCAGUUGGAUCAGUAUGAAACGACCACGCCAAAAUCAGCACCUAGGGCCUUAAAUAGAGACGCCCACAAAGUGAAAUACUGGCAAGGGUAGGAGAGAUUUGAAAACGUUCCUCCUCCAAGGAUGAAGCAAGUUGCUGCUUUGUGUGUUUUCUUGCUUCUGUUAGGAAUGUUUUGAUGGUGAAUUCUUCCAUGGUAAUAGAUUUCUGAUUUCCUAACUUGAGAGUUUACACGGAAGGUUUUUAGGAUGGUUUAAAUGAGGAGUUAUUGGAAUGAUCCCUAAUUUGGAAACUACUGACCUUGACCCUUCUGGUGUGAAUCAAGGGAACAUUGCAAUCUUGCUCUGGCAGCUCUCAGUGGCCUGGAAGAGAAAAUGCGCUUCUCAAGGUGAGUAACUCAAGCUUCUUCCAUGGUGCAGUCAGGCCUUUCCUUUUCAGACUAUAAGGCCUGCAUGUGGACAGUCUGAGGGUUAGUUGUGAUACUUGGUAUUCAGUUGGUUCCAUUUUUAACGUAUAUGAGUUUUAAACACCAAAACUUAAAAAUACCAGAUAAUGUUGCAUGUUGUAAAAAUACAUUUCUUCCCCUUCACUACCCAGGACCAACACUGUUUUUAGACAUUAUUUAUGAAAUGAGGAUAAUGAUUCUAUGUACAUAUUCAGACAUCAAAGUUUAAAGACAGUUUUUGAAGAAGGGAAGACUGGAUGCUGGAAAAGUAAACUAAUGCUAAUUUAAAAGCUGACAGUUGGAGAAAAAACUUGAAGACAACAGAAUUAACUGAACUGUGCUAACGGUAACUUGAUUUUGUUUAAACUACAGUAGUAUGUUGUGCAGUCUCUCGCUAAGGAUCUACUCCUGUCUCUGUAAUAUUCAAAUGCGCUGUGUGAAACACCUGUAUAAAACUGUUCUUGAAACAAGUGAUCUACAUGCCUGGUUUUUACAUUGUUUUUGGUAGAAUUCUUUUAAAAUAUGCUUAGCCAAACCAUAAACUUUGUAAAAGGAAAAUAAACAUGUGACAGGUGAGAGCUCCACAGCCUAGCUCCCUGGGUGACUUCCUGUGCAGCCCCUUUUGUCAUUGAUGUUUCUUAUUGGUAGAAUUAUGCUUUGAACUGUAACUCUUCCUUGAUAGCAUUAGAGGUUUUCCCGGAAUACUUCUCUGUCAUAUUAAAUUCUCACAUAAAUCUGGAUGAACUGGGAAUGCAGGAGGAUGCUCUUAUUUGCAAAUCAUGAAACUGAAGUGGAUUUUUUUUUACUAGAGUUGGUGGAAUUGAACUUGCAUUUCAGUGACUAACUCAAGGCUGGGCAGCAAUCCAUCCCCUCACUUGGUGAAGGGGAACUGACUCUUGACACCAUAGCUUCUUACAGUCCACCCUGAAUUGCUCUCACAGCCUAACCAUCUUAAGGUUCUCUGCUGUGGGGACUUCAAACACACAAACCAAAAAGCGGACCAUCUGCAAGCUUUGGUUUUGCUAGUUUAUUAUUAGUAAUUGAUUAAUGGCAAUUGUGAAGACUUGGGUAUGAAAGUGUUGUUUGAAGUAAAAUAGGAUUUGGGAGCAACGAUUCCCUAAAUGUCAACACUGUAUUUGACAAAUGUUUCUGAAAAUUAACAAUUCCAGAGAGCAGUUCUCUGUUAACAGUUUUUGCUGCAGUUGAGGCAGCUACUCUGGGAAUCAGACUACUUUGGAUAAUUCAAGUGGAAGAACUUCCUUGUUGGAAUAGGGCAGCCUGAGUGAGUUUUCAGACCUUGGGUUACAGCUCGCUGGUUUAGAAGCAGCAAUGGCUGCACUAGUGAGCAGGUGGAUGAGAGUAAAGGCCUUGUUGGGCAGAGUUGGUGUAAAAAUCUGAAGUGUUUUUUUUCAGGUAGCCAGAUGUGGGUGCACAGACGGGUGUGCUGUUCUUCUCACUGACUACACUUACUGUAAUAUUAAUGGGCGAGUGAUCUACAUUUCUACCUUAUGCUCUGUGAAAUGAUUUCAGUCCAGAUUCUGAGCUGUACUCAUUCCUGCUUUGAAAACACACAGCUCUGUUCUGGAGAUCAUCUCUUGAAAGCCACUCUCUUGGGCUUUCCUAGAUGUUUUUGGCAGACACGCCCAAACCUUCAGAUGGGCUGGGGUGCAUAGCAUCCCCCUUCCCAACUAUACUACACUGACAGUGGUGAUACAUUAAUUUUUACAACUGUAAAGUAAAUGUCUCUAGUCCUAGAUCUGUGGAGUGUACCUUUGUGUUAAUGUGUAGGGAAGGGACAGUGGCUUGAUGGUUGUAGGGAGUGUAUCUUUGAUGUAUGUGCAGGGGUGAAUAUUGCUAAAUUGUUGACAGCUUUCCUUUAGGGAUGAGUCGUGGGAUGGAUGACCUCAUCAGAACAAUGAAGGAACAAGAUGCAAGCUUCAAGGAAGAAGCCAACGGGUUUUGUGUCUAUUUUUUUCAGGUGUUAUGAAAUGUAUGCAUGGCUUUUUUUCGUUGUUGCUCAGUAAUUGGUAGAGGAGAAAAGAGGAGGGUGAAAACCCUUCAGCUUUCUUAACCAGUUUUUCUCAGAGGUACACAGCUGGGGAGUAAAAUCUGGCCUUAACCUCGUGGCAAGAUCCUGUCCUUUGUAAUAUUCACCCCAUCCUGCAGUCCUCCCCUAGAGCUACAUGUUGUAUUCUAGUAAUUCACUGUGCUUUAUAACAAGCCAAUGAUGUCAUUCUAUCGUGCACUUUUGUCAAACCAUUUGUGUGACUUUAAUAAACAUAGUAACUUUGCUGACUGCACCAGAGGUCAAUCAGUGAUUUAUAUAUUGCAUGAUGUCUUCUGUUUGAGUUUGACAUGUAGAAUCAUUUUUUAUUUCAUGGCCAUUGACAGUCCUAAUAACUCAGCUAAUUUGAAACUAACAACCUUGCUGUGUAAAAGGAGAAAUGGUGUUGUGUUCAGUAAAUGUUUGAAACAAAGUA